UUGAAAUACAGAUUGCGGGUGAUACACCUAAAAGCUGAUUUGUAAACUAAUUAAUAGUAAAGCUUAUCUUGUACGACUCUCAACGUUUCAUCAUAACUAUGCAGAGUGUAAAAUGCGUUGUUGUUGGGGAUGGUGCAGUUGGAAAAACGAGUAUGAUAAUAACCUAUACAACCAACGGAUUUCCACAAGAUAAUGUACCAUCGGUAUUGGAUAAUCAUACAUCAAAUAUCAUGGUAGAUGGAAAGCCAAUUAACCUUAGUUUGAAUGACACGGCUUCGGCAGAAAAAUACGACAGGCUUCGGCCUCUUUCCUUUCCACAAACGGACGUUUUUCUGAUCUGUUUCUCACUGGUGUCACCACCUUCAUUUGAAAACGUGCGCGCAAAGUGGUUCCCAGACGUACAUCAUCAUAAUCCGACCACACCCGUGGUACUUGUCGGCACCAAGCUCGAUCUACGAGAUGACCAGGAAUUCGUCGCAAAGCUAGAGGAGAAGAAUCUAUCACCUAUUGCAACAGCGCAAGGUUUGCAGAUGCAAAACGAUAUCAGGGCUGUCAAAUAUUUGGAGUGUUCUGCCCUCACUCAAGCAGGGUUGCAAGCCGUAUUUAUUGAAGCCGCUGAAGCUGCCUUGAACCCAGUUUACCAGCAGCCUCCAUUGAAAAAGAAAUGUUUGGUCCUAUAAUGUUGUAUUGCUGUGUAACAUUAACCUUAUUUAUUGGGCAU